UGGGAAAACAAGAAUCAACUCUUAAAUAUCUAAUCAUGAAGUGUAUAUUAUUUUUCGCCGGAGUUGUACUACUUCAAUUGAUUAACAGUACAUAUGGUGAUCCGGAAUAUGUUAAAUCAUGCGCCAGCGAACUUGGAAUAACAGAUGCUAUGCUUCAAGAGAGUCAUGAACAAAAUAUGGCACAACCACAAUUUCAUUGUUUCUAUGCCUGUGUUAUGAAGAAAGAGGGUAGUCUCACAGCCGGUAAUAAUAUAAGUUUGGAAAAAAUGAAGGGAAGAAUAACACAAGUUUUUGGAGAUAAUAGUGCUUCAGUACUUCAAGCAGGAGUUCAAUGUUAUCAACAAAUUAUGGGAGAAAACAUUUCCGAUGAGUGUGACUUUGUUAAUGCUUUAAAUACUUGUUUACUCAAAACAGUUCCAGGAAUUGAUCAAAUGUUUAAGAUUUAAGAAAAUUUGUCCUGUUUUGAAUAUAAUUAGUGAAAAAAAAAAACAAAUUAAACGUUACUGCAGAAAAGUAGAUACCACUGACAGGAAGAAUAGAGAAAAUAUUUGAAUUAUAUACAAACUGUAAAAUGUAAUACGAAUAAAU